UCUCAGCAUGAACUGUAUACCCAACAUACUUUUUUCUUUACUCAGUCCACACGUCCCCGCCCACCCUCCUUUUAAUGAAGACAGAACCCUUCUAACUUCUAAGUUCUAAAUAAUACCCACUCCCCCUUCAUCCUCUAUCAACUCUCAGCUGCCACAGCCCACAUUCUCUCUCGCGCAUCACCAUUUCAAGCCACGAAGAAGUAACAGGGGAAUCAACUUCAGAUAGAUAUCAGGUGCAUACCUAUCUGUUCAAUAUCCACUCCCAUCGAGUUAAUCCACAAUCUUCCCAACUCACCAAAUGGCCGAACGAGUCCACCCGCAUGACCCGCCCCCACCGGCACCUGCACUCGACGAAAGCUUCUCCGACAGCUCUGAGACUGCGCUCAAACCCGCUACUACGUAUUCCGAGAAACCAGUGCCUCAGCCCGGAACCUAUGUGAUCCACGUCCCCAAGGACCAGGUCUACCGUGUCCCUCCACCCGAGAACGCUCGCCGCUACAAGGACCUCGCUGGCCGCGGAAGCCGCCGUUCACCCUGCUGCCUCUGCCUUUGCUGGUUCCUCGCACUCACUGCCAUCUUCCUGGUCCUCGUCGCCGCCGCCGCAGGCAUCUUCUACCUCGUCGUCAAGCCCGAAUCGCCGAAGUACUCGGUCAACGCAAUCGCCAUCAGGGGCCUCAACCUGUCAACGGUGACAUCUUCUUCGUCGAUCCUCACGGUCUCGCCUGAGUUGGAUGUCACCGUCAGAGCCGAUAACCCCAACGACAAGAUCGGAAUCCACUAUCAGAAAGACAGCUCCGUCGAGAUCUACUACACUGACGUUAAGCUGUGCAACGGCGCAUUGCCGGCAUUUUACCAGCCGUCGAACAACGUGACGGUCUUCCAGACGGCGCUAAAAGGGAGCCGGAUCGAGUUAUCGAGCAGGGUGAAGAGCUCGUUGGUGGAGGCGCAGACGCGAGGUAACGUCCCGUUAGAGUUGAAAAUAAGAGCGCCGGUUAAGAUCAAGGUGGGAUCCGUUAAGACGUGGACGAUUACCGUGAAGGUGGACUGUGACUUAACGGUGGAUAAGUUAACGGCGGAGGCGAAGAUCAUUUCCAAUGAAUGUGACUAUGGUGUGGAUCUUUGGUAGAAAAAGUACGGAGAGACGUGUUGAAUAUAGUGUUUUUGUUGAUUUGGUCCACACUUGGGAUGUUUUUGUUGAUUUUGGUACACACAUCACAUGCAUUGCUUAUAUUUUUAUUUUAUUUUCUAAGGUUUGUAAUUUUUUUUUAGCUGUUUAUACAUAAUUGUUCUUCAAUUAAACAUUA